GCGUAGGCCGGCCCUGCCCUGCCCUGCCCGGCACGGCUCGGCCCCGGCGCGGCGCGGAGGCGGAAGCCGAGCCCAUGAGUUGGGUGCGCCGCUUGCCUGCGCGCUCGGCGGCGGCGGCGGCUGGCGGCAGCCCCGCGCUGCGGCGAGGUGACCGCAGCGGCGGCGCCGGGAAAAGUUUUGCGUGCGGGCGGCGGCCCGGGCUGGGAUGCGGGUCCCGGGGCUCGGCUCCCCGGCGCUUCCCGGGCCGGGGCUGGUGCAGGCGCCCCCUGGGAGAGCGGCGAGCGGGCACUGAGCCCCCUCCCUCCUCCCCUCCGUCCCUCCCUCUCCCUGCCUUCCCCUCCCGUCCCUCCCUCUCCCCGGUGCGCGGCCAUUGCAGUGACCCCGGCCGGCCGAGGAUGAUCACGAGCACGCGGGGCUUCCUCUGGUCGGACCUGGAGACGCGGGCGCUGCUGGAGAUCUGGGGCGAGGCGGACGUGCAGUCGGCGCUGGACGGCAACUUUCGGAACAGCCAUGUGUACCGGGACGUGGCGUGCCGCCUGGCCGAGCUGGGCUUCGAGCGCACCCCGGAGCAGUGCCGCAUCCGCAUCAAGGGCCUCAAGCGGCAGUACUACCAGGCCCGGGACGGGCUGAAGAAGAACGGGCACGCCCGCAAGAUCUGCAAGUACUACGACGAGAUGGACCGCAUCCUCAGCUGCAGGGGGGGCCCCGACGGAGCCCCCGAGCCCCCCGCCGCCCCGCUGCCCGACGGCCCCCAGCCCGUGGGUCCCCACGGCGGGCCGCCCACGCCGGGCACGCCGCACAACAGCCGCGAGGUCGACACGGAGCUGGACGAGGACGCCGAGCUGGAGUCCCCCCGCGACAACUUCACCGAGGACUCCGGGGAGUGCUCCUCGUACGCCGACCACCCCAUCAAGGUGGAGUGUCCGCCCUUCGCCAUCCCGGUGCCGCCGGGCGACGGCUUUAAAGAAAUAAGCGCUCCUACUGUUACUCCACCUCUCAAUCAGCCCAAAAGAUCAAAAAAACGCCAUGCAAAUUUAACAUUGGAUAAAAUGAUGGAAAAAUUCCUGCAACAGAGCGUGGAUACAGAAGAGAAAUUUUACAGAUACGAAGAGCAGAGGCUCAAAAUUGAGGACAAGCGUCGUGAAGCUGAGCAUGCCCGAGAGCUCCAGAUGUUACAGAUGUUGGGACAGAUGUUGGCAGGAAUUUCUUCUACGGUAUCACAAAGGUCACAAUCUAUACCAGCGAGUCCACCUCAGAGGGCAAACCAUCGCUCAUAUGGGGAUAACUUUAAUUAUAAUGCUGUGACAGCAGCACUUUCUCCACCGAUAGUUAUAGAGAGAACUUUUUCACUGCACCGAACACACACUCUGAAGGAUAUGGAGAAUAUUUUUCAACUGGUGCGCAACGUUAUCCCUCCUCUAACAGGAAAAAGGCAUAAAGGUCAAGAUGGACGUAUAGGCAUUGUUGGAGGAUGUCAAGAAUACACAGGAGCACCAUAUUUUGCUGCAAUUACAGCUCUCAAAGCGGGUGCAGAUUUAUCCCAUGUGUUUUGUACCAAAGAUGCAGCAACAGUAAUCAAAUCAUAUAGUCCAGAGCUGAUUGUUCAUCCAGUCCUUGAUAGUCCGAAUGCUGUCUAUGAGGUGGAGAAGUGGUUACCACGACUGCACUCAGUUGUCAUAGGACCUGGCUUAGGUAGAGAUGAAGUUCUACUUGAGAACGCAAAGGGUAUUAUAGAAAAAUCGAAACUCAAAGGAAUUCCUAUUAUUAUUGAUGCUGAUGGACUGUGGCUUAUUUCCCAGCAGCCUUCUAUUAUUCAAGGCUACCAGCGAGCUAUUCUUACUCCAAACUAUAUGGAGUUUAGUAGACUAUAUGAAGCUAUGCUUAGAGACCCCGUAGACAGUAGUGAUCAUCAUGGAUGUGUAUUAAGACUCAGCCAAGCCAUGGGGAAUUUGACAGUUGUUCAAAAGGGAGAACGAGAUCUUAUUUCAGAUGGAGAUAAAGUACUGGUAUGCAGCCAUGAAGGAAGCAGCCGGAGGUGUGGAGGACAGGGAGACCUCCUUUCUGGUUCUCUGGGAGUCUUAGCGCACUGGGCAUUUAUGGCUGGAGCUGAAAAAACAAAUGGUCAAAAUCCCUUCCUGGUGGCUGCGUUUGGAGCUUGCUCUCUUACGAGGCAGUGUAACAACCAAGCCUUUCAAAAAUUCGGACGUUCAAUGACUGCCUCUGACAUGGUUUCAGAAGUUGGAACAGCUUUUAACAAACUUUUUGAAACCUGAAGCCAAAGCAGCGCAGAAGAAAAGGAAGAACAAUGACUGCAAGAGUAAUUGCAUUUACAGUAGAAUUUAAAUAAGUAAUGCACCCUUUCAAGUGCUGUAGCAGCAUUGGUAUGCUAGGUAGAUUUUUUUUUUAUUUUUAAGAAUAGAAAAAUAUGAUUAAUGUAGAUAUUUUCUAAGAGUUUGGAAUACAAAAAUGUUUUGGCUGAAAUAAGCUGUAGUUGCAGAUCUGUUAUAAUAUAAUAAAACUAAACUGAAA